AUGCCUGGAGAGAAUAUACACAGUUCCUCCCAAGAAGGGGGGAACUUAACAAAAUCCCUCAUUGUACAGAGGAACCUGUUUGCUCCAGUGGAGAAAGAGACCCCAGAGGGCAUAUCCCAAGCCUUGACAUCUCUUUUGAUCCUCCGACUAGACAGGGAGAGAAUAAGUUGUAUCCCAAACCUACAAGGUUUGGAACAGAUCCACAGCAUCUACCUGCAACAGAACCAAAUAGGAAAAAUUGAAAACCUGAGCUGCUUUCCCAACUUGAAAUUCCUCUCCCUAGCUGGGAACCUCAUCACCAGAGUGGAGAAUCUCCAGGCCCUCCUGAAGCUGCAGUUUCUGGACCUUUCAUACAACCACAUUGAGUCUCUGGACGCAGAUGAGUUGCCCCAGAGCCUCCUGGUUCUUGAUUUGACAGGAAAUAAGUGCACCAAUCAGAACAGCUACAGGGAAUCUAUUUUGGCAGCCCUGCCUCAACUGGUAGAACUGGACGCCCAGCGUGUCCCCAACCGAAAGACCUCUGUCCGAGACAGGGAAAAAGCAGAAGAAAGUUCAGAAGACAGCGAUGAGGACAUCCCAGAGCUCACUCAGCCUCUGAGCACGGAAAAAGACUUCUUUGUUGAUCUCCAUAAUGAACUUACCAGUCGCUCAGAAAGGAGAAGAAGGGAGGCCGUCAGUGAGCAUGAAGCCCGUCUAGAGGAGCUGAAGGAGCGCCAGAAUUUGAGACACCUGCUGCUUAAUACAAGCCCCCGGGCCCCAAGUCCACCAGACCCCAAUGCCCCAACCCCGGAGCUGCCUUCAUUCCAAACUGAGCACCGCAGUGUACCUGGCCCAUCUUUAAAAACAGCAAGUUCCACAUUUCACGAUGGACUGAGUACGCCAAAGGGGAAGGCCAAAGUCAGAAGCCAGAUCCAGGUGAAAACUUCAAAAGGAGAGGUAUCUGGUACAGCUAAAUGUGUGAGAAAAGCAACUAAAUGA